AAACAAAACAAUAGGUGCUAUUUUAGUGCUGUCUUUGAUUUUGCUUUUGCAAUUCUGGAAAAGCAGGUUUCACUGCUUACUUGUUUUUAUAAACCGAAACAUAUUGCUCAAGCUGAUAAUCUAAUAGCCGAUGGUCUAAAAUCCUGAUUACAUUAAACUACAUUCUAAAUAUGCCCUUUUGUUAAGACAAAAUAUGCCCUUUUGUAAAGAAUAAUAAUUAGAUAAAAAUUUAUCUCAGGCCCUGCUGAGUAAAGGCAUUACAUUUCCAAGAAACAAUAGUACUGCAGCUCUGAAGGAAGCGAGAUGGAAAGUGAAAAUGACGUAAUGUAAGUCAGAGCUUGGAAUUCACCGAGCUGAGCAUAUAAAAAUGGCACUAAGAAUGCUCAUUCAUUCAGUUGUCCUGUCAGCUUCUCACUAAGAUUGUGUUCAAGAGCAAGAUGAUAAUGAAUUCUGCUGCAGUUUUCCUUGUGUUUGCCUGCCUACUUACUGUUCAUGUAGAAGGACAGGCCAAGCCCAGUGUAAGGAGGUGUUUGUGUCAGGUUCAUAUGAUGGAAAAGGUCCGUCUGCAACGUAUUGACAAGAUUGAAGUUUACCCUCCUAGUGCAUCUUGUGAAAAAUCUGAAAUCUUAGUUGUUCUGAAGAAUCGUGCUGAUAAAAUAUGUCUGAAUCCGGAAUCUAAUUUUGUCAAGAAAAACAUCAUGAAGGUCAUUGAAAAAAGGAACAAAAUCCAGAAAAACAGCUCUCAUUAGCCAACAAAGGCAAUGUUAUAUGAAAAAAAUUACACAUUUUCCGUUCAGCACAUACUGUAUGUGUGUGU